AUGGCUCCAUCGCCCAUCAAUCCAUCUCCUCCGCCCACGAAGCUCUACUAUGUGGGACAGUGUCGAACGUGUAAUGGAUGGGUGGAGCAAAUGAGCUCAUCCGGCAAACUCUACUAUUAUCAACAGAAAACUGAGGUAUCCCAAUGGCAUCCACCGAACGAAUGGACACUUUCAUCACCGCCGGAUCUUCAGAAAUGGCGGGAUACGGUGAUUCGAGAGGCGGCGAAACAGUGUCCGCCACCACCACCUCAACCACCGGGAGGAAUGCCGUUAACACCACAUGGAAUUCCCUACAUGCCACCGCCACUCUACCAUCCUCAUCCGCAUCUACCGUAUCCCCCACCACACACAAUGCCACCACCGGCUCAUUACUAUCCACAAGCUCCGCCCCCUCCACCACAAGCCUAUUAUCAUCAUCAUGGAAUGGCACCAAUUCCACAGCAUCACAGUGGACCAACGACGCCUGUGGCGAGAAUGGCUCCAGUCUCAUUUGGCAGUGCUCAUGUGCCCGUCCCACCGCCUCCUCCAUUGGCUCCGCCCCCUUCCCGCCCCAUUUCCAUGGCGACGUCAUCCACGUCAUCGACGCCGACAACGCUGAAUUGCGCGGUUCCACCACCGCCGCCACCACUUCAGCGAACCCCGCGAACACCGGCCAGUAUGUUCCAAUCGCCACGUGACACCUUCUCGAUCCCACCAUCAUCGUCCUCGGUGUCUUCGACGCCUUCAUCGUCAACGGCGGCUCCGCCCCCACCACCUCCGCCUCCACCUCCGCCACCGCCACCGCCGAUGGAAGGAUCGUCGAGAACAUUCGCAAGUCCUGCUGGAAGUAUUCAAAUGUCACCAUCCGCCCGUACCCCAUCCUCGUCCUCAUCGAUUGGUCCGGCCGCUUCGACAAGUUCUCAGAGUAGGGAAUCGCUGUACAAAAAGGAAUUCUCACAGCAACAAAUGAGCAGCAGGACGAGCAGUAACAAGAGACCCCAAAUGAGCCCUCCGAAAGAGUUAUCAUCGUCAAAACGGAGAUAUCAUGACGAUGGAUCGACGCCUUCUUCGUCGUCAGCACGACAAUCGAGAAAUGAGAGAAUUAGUUUUGAUGGACGGUCUCCCGAAGGAAUGUCAGGUCCAAUUCAACACGAAACACCGCGAAAAUCGUCUCCACAAUCGCUGGAAAACGAGAAAUAUCUGAAAUACAAGCUGCCGCACCCCGAAAUGUACAAAUUUUUCGAUAAAGACAUGGCCAAUGAGAAAUCCGAUGCGUUGGGUCUAACAGAAGGAGACGAGAAGAAGACUUUGAUAAAAAUGCGGCGGCACUCGAUUUGGAUGGACAACGAUACGAUAAGCAAAUUCCAGGGAUUCGAGGCGUGUCGAAAUUAUUGUGAAGCGAAAAAAAUGAUGCAGGAAAUUGUGAUAAGCCGGAUUCAACACUUGGAUAUCAUAAAGUCGCUUUUCUCGCAGUGCCCGGCAGGCCCGGGGCGGGCCUGCCUUUUUUUGCUCUUUUUGCUCAGUAACUCUGUUCAUAGACAAGAUACAGUAUUCCAAAUAAUACCGUUUUGUAGUACUCGUGGAGCUCUACCAUACCUGAUUGAGUUGGUUCGAAAACAUUGA